AGUAAAGGGGCGGUUGAGUGGCAUCUUCGUGUAGCAGAAAAGAAAAAGAAGUGAAAGGCGAAGGACCAAAAGUAUCUUGUUGGCAUCACGAUUUCGACUUCAUAGAUACGACACACUUUUCUCUCUUCAAUCCAAUUCCAAUUCCAAUUCCAAUUCCCCCAUUUUCAUUCCUCACUCCUAUCUCCCGCUCCUCAAUUCUCUCUCUAUCACCACCGUCACUUGUCUCCGAUGACCGACCCAUCACGUCCUGCCACCGGCUACCCCGCCCCACCCCAAAACGGUUACCCACCACCACCACCACCACAACAGUCCAACUACUAUUACCCUAACCACAACCCCAACCCUUAUAACUACAACGCGCCGCAGGCAUACUACCCAGCAGCACCCCCACGCGCUACCUUCUUCCGCCGGUUCUUCGCGGCACUCAUCGCCCUUUUCAUAAUAUUCGGUGUGAUCCUCCUCAUCGUAUGGCUGGUUCUGAGGCCCCGCAUUCCAUCCUUCACCGUGGAUUCCGUGGCUCUUUCCUCUCUGAAUGUUUCCUCGUCUCCCUCCCAGAUCUCCGGGACUUGGUCACUCCACUUUUCCGUGUCAAACCCUAACCACAAGCUGCGCGUCUACUAUGACGAAAUCGAGGCCCGUCUGUACUACAGGAGUUCGUUGUUAACUCGGAAUCAGUUGGCGCCGUUCGAUCAGGAUACGAAGAAUAUAACCACCAUGGACGCCAAGCUGGUUGCUUCAUCUGCAUACAUUGAAUCGGAAUUGGUGAACAGAAUAAAGGGAGAUCGUUCAACAGGUAUGGUGAAUUUCGAUGUACAAGUGCUGGCUUUAGUGAGGUUUAAGGCUGGGGGUUGGAGAGCUCGAAGACGCAUUCUUAGGGUUUUCUGUGAUAAUUUAUCAGUUUCAUUUUCAUCCAAUUCUACCAUGGGAACGUUAUCCGGUGGGCCCAAGCGAUGUUCUGUUGGAAUCUGAUACUUGUUCUUCCAGGUGAUUUCAAUCUUUGCUAGGUAAUUGGGUUGGCUGUAUAUGAAUUAUGAAACAAUGAUAUGACAGACAGAAAACAGAGGCAUUUUGAUUGUUUUUAUUGGCUUUUAGUGUUUCUGUAGAUACAUGAGGUGGAAUUGUGUACAAGUUUUUAAUGAAUGGUAAAUUAUGAGUCCAUAUCAA